UAUCUCCCUAAUCAUAUUAAUAUUUAAAAAAAAAAUUCACUAAUUUUUAAUUAUUUCCAAUUAAUUACCAAAAUCCAAACAAAAUGAUUUCAUUAUUAUUAUUAUUAUUAUUUAAAACCAAGAUGAUAAUUUUAAGCUCUCGCUCACGUUAAACAAAAAUUCAUUAAUCUUUUUAUUCUCUCUCUCUAUCUCUCUCUGUCUCUCUCUUUCUCUUUAACUCCUCAAUUCGACCGAAUUUAGUUUUUCAAUCAUUCUUUUUGGGUCGAAUAUCCGGAGGAUCCGAUAUCUAAGUCCGGCGAGUUAGUACUCGAGCUUGGAUUUUGGGAAUUCGGAGCUUCUUCCUCGGGUUCGGAUUCUAGGGUUGUUUUUGUUUUUUGGUUUUUUGGUUUUUUUUUUUUUUUUGUUUUCCUUCAGAAAAAGGUGUUAGGCAAAUGGCUCAGGUGUCCUCCGGGAGAGGCAGGGUGGUUGGUGAUUAUCAUGUGGGCAAGCAAAUCGGGUCGGGUUCGUUCUCGGUGGUUUGGCACGCGCGGCACAGAGUCCAUGGGACCGAGGUGGCGAUCAAAGAGAUCGCCAUGGGGCGGCUAAAUAAGAAGUUGCAGGAUAGUUUAAUGUCCGAGAUCUUUAUCUUGAAGAGGAUUAACCAUCCUAAUAUUAUUCGCUUGCACGAUAUUAUAGAGGUUCCUGGCAAGAUACAUCUUGUAUUGGAGUACUGCAAAGGUGGUGAUCUUUCAAUGUAUAUACAACGCCAUGGAAGAGCACCAGAAGCAGUUGCAAAGCACUUCAUGCAGCAGCUAGCGGCUGGUCUACAAAUUCUUCGUGAAAAUAAUCUUAUACAUCGAGAUCUAAAACCACAGAAUCUCCUGCUUUCCUCUAAAGAAAAAAAUUCAGUCUUGAAGAUUGCAGAUUUUGGAUUUGCAAGAUCUCUGCAACCUCGUGGCCUUGCAGAAACUUUGUGUGGUUCGCCACUUUACAUGGCUCCAGAGAUAAUGCAACUUCAGAAGUAUGAUGCAAAGGCAGAUCUCUGGAGUGUUGGUGCAAUUUUAUUUCAGCUUGUUACUGGGAAAACCCCAUUCAAUGGAAACAACCAAAUACAGUUGCUCCAGAACAUUGUGAAAUCUACUGAACUACAUUUCCCUUCUGAUAGCAAUGACUUGAGUUCUGAGUGCAAAGAUUUGUGCCAAAAAUUGUUGCGCCGUAAUCCUGUGGAACGCUUAACCUUCGAAGAGUUUUUUAACCAUCAGUUUCUCUCUCAUGAGCAACCAGAUGACUCUUUGAGGAGUAGGCGAUCAUCUAGAAUGGUGGAAGGAUUUCCUUUGUCAGAAUGCAACCCUGUAAGGAACAUGGAAGAAAGUUCUCAAGAGGAUUGCCUACCUUUCAUUUUUGAUGAUGAUUCAAGUGGUCCUGAGGGGAGUCCCUCUUUAAGAAGGAGGUUCUCGAUGAAGUCUACUUAUGGAUUUUCUCUUGAUUCUAGAGCUGAUAGGCCGGAAGCACCACCUACUACUUCUAAUAACGUUGAUUCCACACUCAGAUAUGGUACUGCCACACGUAAAGAAAAUUCUACUCUUAGGUUGGACAGCCACAGACCAUCAGAUAGAAGUCUUGCAGAUCCUUUGAAGUCAAUGGACCGGAAACCAGUGAAUUCUCAAUCACGAGUUGUGGAUUCACUAGAGUUAAUUGAUCAAGAUUAUGUUCUUGUCUCUGGACCUCCUAUUGACACAUCGUAUUCCUCAACCAGUGCUUCCAAGCCAAGCCAUUUUCCAUAUAAAUCACAGAGUCCCUCCAGAGCAUCUCUUGUCACCAUGUCAAGUGCCCCCAUGCCAAUCACAGGUGCUGCUAAUAGUAAUAUAUGUCACAUAGGAAGCUUGGAAAGUCGGAGCUCUGCUCCAGGGACUUCACAAGGAUCAGUGGAUGUAGUAGAUACUUUGGAGCAACCAUCAAAACACUGCAUGACAAGGAUCAACUCUUUGCAGAAGUGUGCAUCUGCCAUCACAGAAUUAGUUAAUGAAAAGAUUGAGGCAGGGAGACAGCUAGAAGCAUUCUCAAUUCAGCUUGUAAUUCUUGCUAUUUGGAAACAAGCACUGCACAUAUGUCAUACACAGGCUGCCUCAGCUAUGGAAGGAAGUCCAAACCAAGAGACUACAAGAUUUAGGAGGAGCAACAGCAAGAAGUGCAGUAGUCCAGAAGCAAUGGAAUGCCUUGAUGAACAAGGACCUCGGGAUCUGUCCUCUCAGAUUGAGAGAGAAUUUCUCAGGGAAGUUGAGCAUGCUGAGGAACUUGCUAAGGUUGUUGAGCCAGGAAUUAUAGAAAUGCCAGAUGCAAUGGAAACAAUAUUUCAAUCUGCUCUUGCUUUUGGAAGAAAUGGUGGUGUUGAUGAGCUUAUGGGUAAUAUGGAAAGUGCAACAGCAUUGUAUUCAAAAGCUGUUCGUUUGUUAGUUUUCCUUUUGGUGGAAGCACCAUCCCUCAUUCUCAACCCUCCAUUUUCGCUAACUAACUCAGACCGGUAUAGGCUCCGAUCAUACAUCGACUUACUUAAUAACAGGCAAGAUUACUCAAGGUCACGGCGGUUGGCUAUUUUGAGAAGUGGGGAUCAACAAUGCCCUCCUUAACAAGCCAAGAUAUUAGCAACCUGUUGAUUGAUGACUUUGCCAUGUGUUAUUGUGUAUAAUUAUUUGUUUGUACAGCUAUUCUUUGAGUGAUUGGGAAGAAGAUGGGAAGUUGGCAGGACUUGUAUCCUGAGUGGGUUGUUGUACAAUUCUGUUAUUUAAAGAAUGAAAUGUGCAUAUUGGUUCUCAUUA